UGCUGAGGCUAAUUCAUUGUUGAGGGUAAUGCCCCAGAGACCUAUACUGACAGGCUUCUGUGGGCAACUUCCUCUGUGCACACCAGUGACAGCUCCCUACAGCUAACCUGCUGGGAGCGGAAUCUGACUCAACAUAACAAUCAGACAGAUAGAAGCCUGCGCCUUCAUCACACCCACUGGUAGAGGCUGAUCCUGUAUCAUACUAACUAGCCGAAGUGAGAGGUACCUCAGUCCCCUCAUCACAGACAAGCACAUACAGUGAUAGGACACUGUAUUACACGCACAUAAGGUGAAAACGGAUCAUGCAGCCCAUGCACAGAGGCUGAAUACUGAUCCCCCUGCAGCCCAAGUACAGAGGGUGAAUACUGACCCCCUGCAGCACAUGCAGAGGCUGAAUACUGAGCACCCUGCAGCACAAGCACAGAGGCUGAAUACUGACCCCCUGCAGCACAUCCACAGAAGCGGAAGACUGAGGCUGCAUCCCAUGCACAAGGGGAGUCUGUCUGUGAAUAUGAUACAGUCACAGUAUUCAGUCUGAAGGCUGAGUCUGUAUCACAUCCUUAGAGCCUAAACACAGUGCCUGUGCCACAUUUAUAAAGAUAUAUUCAACACUGAUCCUGUAUCACAUACUUAGGCAGAAAGUAUAGACUGAACCUGUAUCACAUGCACAAGCAGAGACUGGACACACAGCUUGCAUCACACCAAAAGUAAUGAAAAUAUCAUAAUUUCCCUUAAAAGUAACAGCCCAGCAAUCACACCACUUAUCAGCUUAGCAAGGGAAAUCAACAGCCAGUGACAGAGAAACUUAUAUAUCAAUCAUACAGGGAAGCAAACACUCAAAUACAGGGACAGGAUACUAAGUGGCAUCACUCGCAACCUGGCAUCAGAUUCCUUUUUUUUAUAAAGCAAACACAAGCAACUAAGAAUCUAUUUUCCAUACUGAAGCUCAAGCCAUUAUUUAUUAUAGAGACACACAUUCAAGUGACAGAAAAUGGCCAGCGCUGAUCUACAGGGAAAAUACCAGAAGUUGGCACAGGAGUAUUCCAAGCUGCGGGCACAGAAUCAAGUUUUGAAGAAGGCUGUGGUAGACGAGCAAGCAAAUUCUUCUGCGCUUAAGGAGCAGCUGAAGAUGAAGGACCAGUCCUUGAGGAAGCAGCAGCAAGAGAUGGACAGUCUGACGUUCCGAAAUCAGCAACUUGCAAAGAGGGUGGAGCUGCUGCAGGAGGAGCUGUCUGUAAUGGAGACAAAAGGAAAGAAGUCAAAGAAAAAUAUGGAGCCCUCUCAGCUCAGUCAUGAACAAAAAAGUGUUUUUGAUGAAGACCUUCACAAGAAGAUAGAAGAGAAUGAGAGGUUGCACAUACAAUUUUUUGAGGCAAGUGAGAAGCAUAAACUGAUUGAGACGGAACUGAGGAACCGGUUGCAAGUACUGGAGUCCAGCGCUGCACAGCACCAAGCUGUAGUGGAUGGCCUGACGCAGAAAUAUAUGGAAACCAUUGAGAAGCUUCAGGGCGACAAGGCAAAAUUAGAAGUUAAAUCUCAAACGCUAGAAAAAGAAGCUAAGGAUUGCAGGCUUCAUACAGAAGAAUGCCAGAAUCAGCUUAAGACACUUCACGCAGAUUUGAGUGGAAGAUUAGAUGAAUCUUUGAGUGUCAUCAAUGAAAAAUUACCAUUCAAUGAUACCAAGACAAGUACGUUCAAUGCCCUGAAUGUACCCUUGCAUAACAGAAGACAUCAGAUAAAGGCACGGGAAUUAGCAGCGCAGGCUCUGGCUUUUGUACAGGAUCUGGUUACUGCACUCCUGAACUUUCAUACAUACACAGAGCAGAGAGUCCAGAUUUUUCCUAUAGACUCUGCUAUUGAUGUCAUCUCACCACUAAAUAAAAAGUUUUCACAGUAUCUUCAUGAAAAUGCCUCAUAUGUGCGCCCCCUUGAGGAGGGAAUGAUCCAGUUGUUUGAAAGCAUCAGAGAGGACACUGUCACUGUACUGGAAACUACAGUUAAACUGAAGGUAUUUUCUGAACACUUUGCAUCGUAUGUCUGUUUUCUACAGAAAAUCCUCCCAUACCAGUUGAAAAGCUUGGAAGAGGAAUGUGAGUUUUCACUUUGCACACCUUCUUUACGGGAGACAAAUCUCGAACUACACAGGGACAUGAAAAAGCUGACUGCAGUGUUUGACAAGCUAAAAACGUAUAUCAGUCUCCUUGCCUUACCAAGCAUCAGUCCAGAGGGUUUAUUAAAAUCUAAUUAUAGCUCCAUAUUGACACAGAUUUCAGAUUCUCUUCACGGACUCCAUGAUAUUAUGAAAGAGAUUUCAAAGCACUAUAAUCAUAAAGCUUCAUUGGAACAGGAACUUCCAGCAGCCACAGAUAAACUUAAAACAACAAAUGAUUGCAUCUUGUCUUCGCUAGUAGCUUUAACGAAUGGAACAAGCAAGAUGGCAACAUUCUUCAGUAACAACUUGGACUAUUUCAUGUCAUCAUUAAGUUAUGGACCAAAAGCAGGACAUGGGUUUAUACAUCCUCUCUCAGCUGAAAUGAUGCUCCAGUACAAGAAGAGAAUGGCCAAGUAUAUGAAAGCUUUAAAGAAGAUUGGAAUGUUAACCUCAAGUACAGAAAGCCUACAGGUGCCAGAUCAUGAAUCACGGGAAGAUCUAAUAAAAUCUCACUAUAUGAGCAGAAUAGCAGAACUCACAAAUCAGCUACAGGUGGCGGACAGUAAAUGUGUACAUUUCUAUGCAGAGUGUCGUGCUCUUGCUAAGAGAUUGGCUUUGGCAGACAAAUCCAACCAGAGUUUAACUGAAGAAACAAGAUCAACCAGUCAGAGCAUCAGCAGAUUACAGGAUGAGUUAAUAACAACCAAAAGGAGUUAUGAAGAUCAGUUAAGCAUGAUGAGUGACCAUCUUUGUAGUAUGAAUGAAACAUUAUCUAAACAAAGAGAAGAGAUAGAUAAUUUGAAGAUGGCUAACAAGGGAAAUUUGAAGAAGAACAAAAAUCGAUAGUCUGUAUGUGCCUUCCUUGUAUUGAUAAAGUCGCUGCUAUAUAUAGUGUAAAAUGGCUUCUGUCAAAAUACAUGAGGAAAUCCGUUAUCCCUGUGAUGUAUGUGAAUUACAUUCCUUCUGCUGUGAACGAGGUCUGCAACACUUUACUUGUGCCGGCUCUAUUAUCAGCAGUGUGAAACAGCAAGUGUGACUGGACUUUUGGGAUUUAAUAUAUAAAAACUAUAUACACUCCAUAAAUUACCUCUGAAUUAUUUUGGAAGUUUUUACAUUGCACUUUUUUUUUACUAUAAUUUUAAUUUCUUUACAGAAAAGUGUCAACUUUUUUUUUUCUAUGAAUUCUGGGUAAUUUCUAUAUCAAUCCAAAUUGUUUUCAGGAUAGAAUUAUGUCAUAUAUCUAAGUCUUCAGUCAUAAUUUAGUAAAUAUUUCAAAAAGGGAACAUAAUCAUCAAAUCUAUUUUACUAGUAAAUUAUUUAACCUGAGUUUACAUCACCUUCAGUUCGUUAACUUUUGUAACUGUAUAUUAAAAUGAAAAGGUUGUUUGCCAAUAAACUCAUUCUUUAAAAAAAAAAAAA